AUGGUCUCCUCAAAUGCAAACGAACUGUUGCCCCAAACAGUUGAGGGGUGGCUCGAACUGGACAAGAAAUACCGUAUCAAAGGCCGCUACCCGAUUUCGCAAGUCCUCGUCCGGGGCGAGGGCGUCCGAGUAUGGGAUGCCGAUGGCAAAGGUUACAUUGACUUUGAGUCUGGCCAAGUUUGCGCCUCGACUGGUCAUUGCCACCCAGCAUACACCAAGGCAAUCACUGAUCAGGCUGGCAUACUUGUCCAGACAGGCUCAGGGUACACCGACCCGCCUCGGAUCCUGCUUGCCCAAAAGCUCGCUAGUAUCAUGCCUGGCAACCUGAGCCGGUCAUAUUUUGCUUGUACCGGCUCGGAAGCGACCGAGGCUGCGAUUCGUCUCGCAAAAAUUUACACCGGACGCACAGAGGUCGUGGCCCUGACCCGUGGCUAUCACGGUAUGACGCACGCCAGUCUGGCAGCCACUGGCUUGGGAGGCAAGUUCAAGAGCGUCCCCGGCAGUGGUUUAGCUGGUUUUGUUCACAUACCAGCCCCAUACACCUAUCGCAGCCCUUACAAGGACGACGAAAAUAAUAUGGCGGCCUUUCGCCAGGGUCUGGAGGCAAUCAACUGGACUACGACUGGUCGACCUGCCGCCAUUAUUCUCGAGGUUGUGAUGAGUGUCGCGGGCAUGAUCAUCCCCUCCAAGGAAUAUGUGCAAGCUGUCAGGGAAUGGUGUACCCGGACCGGUACACUGAUGAUUAUCGACGAGGCUCAAUCGGGUGUCGGCCGAACGGGCAAGUGGUUUGCUAUUGAGCACUUUGACGUGAUUCCCGACAUCAUCACCACUUCCAAGAGUCUGGGUGGUGGUGUACCGUUGUGUGGUGUCACAACUACGCCUGAAAUUGCCGAUGUUGUGGCGGAAAAGGGCUACCACCAGUCCUCAUCUCACACCGAUGACCCUUUCCUGGCCGCUGUUGGUCUCGCCAAUAUCGAGAUCCUGGAGAAAGAGAAUCUCGUUGAGAAUGCGGCGGUUAUCGGUCAGUACCUCAAGGAUAGCUUCGAGAGGUUCCAACAAGAGCAUGAAAUUCUUGGCGAUGUUCGGGGUCUAGGCCUGAUGAUUGGUUUGGAAAUCGUGAUUGACAAGGCAAGCAAGGCUGCAUCUCCUUUGCAUGCCUGCGCCAUCAGCGAGUAUUGUCGUGCCCAUGGGCUGCUUCUGGGCCAUCGACCAAGCGGAGCUGUCAGCGGAAACAACAUUCGAAUCCUACCGCCGCUCACACUGACCCGCGAGGAGGCUGACGAGGCACUUGCCAUCAUGAAAAAGGCUUUUGUCCAUGCCGAGAAGACUGUCAGGGCUGAAGCCCAGAAUGGUACCGCUUGGAUAUAG